GAUCUCUCUGAUGCAGGCAGAUGUGACCUUCAGGAUUAUAAGACCACUGAAUACUGAAAUCCUUGACCAAUAGGAAAACCCCGGGUGGAAAACCUGACUGAAAAGACUUGGUGAAUCAUUACCUGUAAACUCUCUCACCAUGGAGCACUCACCCUCUAUGAACUUGUCAGUGGUGGAUGGAGACGACGUGGAGGACCAGCGUCCCCUCCUCCCACCGAGGAUGGUUCCUCCACCUCAGGCCUGCUCUCCGCAGUGCGGGAUACAUCACACGGUCCAAACAGCCGAUCACACCGUGUGGCUGGACAGGACCCAGGCCAUGGCCACCACACCUUUAUACAACGGCCACCUCUAUGUCACACCUUCACCUCGUUCCAACAGGAGGGCAGACAAAGGCAAAGAGAAGAAAUGUGAGAAAAGGUCAGGGGGGCAUCGACAAAACCAGGCACACAAGGAGUGUAAUCACCAGUGCAAAGCCAAAAACGCAGGAGCUCACAGACUCCAGGAGAAAGUCACCUCUUUCACUGACGUCCCCAUUUCUCCCUGCGGGUCGCCCUUUAAGGGCCCCUGCAGGUCACACUUAGAGGUCACGGAUGUUGAAGGCAGAGGGCGCCGCAAGUCAGGCAACGUUUCUUUAGAGAUGCACGACCGCCAGAGUCUCCCAGAGAUCAUCAUCACCAGCAAAGAUGAUGACUUCCAGCCACCCUGUGAGACAUUCCCGUAUCGCCAAGAUAUGACUGAGGGCAAAGGUCGUCUGCCAGGAGCUGAGUGCCCAGGUCCAAACCCAAAUCCCAAUUCUCAGAUCAGCCCGAAACACAAGGAGGGCACUAAGGACGACCCGUACUGGAAGACUCACAACAUCGGCUGGCGGCUGGUCCGCAGGAGGGCUCUGUUUUUGAGGAGGCAGCGGCUGAAUGACUGCGCCCUGGCAGUGGGGAUAUUCGGGAUGGUGAUGAUGGUGAUGGAGACAGAGCUUUCCUGGAGCGUCUACAGCAAGAGCUCCGUGUAUUCCCUCGCACUCAAGUCCAUCAUCAGUUUUUCUACCAUCAUCCUGCUGGGCCUCAUCAUAGCGUACCACUGCUGUGAGGUUCAGCUUUACGUUCAUGACAUUGGUGCAGAGGAUUGGCGGAUUGCCAUGACAAGCGACCGUUUGGCUCUGGUAGCCCUGGAGCUGGCUGCGGUGGCCAUCCACCCCUAUCCAGUUGGCCUGAUGGAGUACUUUGAGAUGACCUUCCAGCACACCACGCCUCACCUGCCGCUGUCGGAAACCGAGCUGGAGAUUGUCCUGGCUCUGCCCAUGUUCCUGAGGCUCUACCUGCUGGGCCGGGCCAUGAUGCUGCACAGCCGCCUCUUCACUGACACCGCAUCUCGCAGCAUCGGAGCGCUCAACAAGAUACACUUCAACACCAGGUUUGUGGGGAAAACACUAAUGACCACCUACCCUGGGACUGUGCUGAUGAUUUUCAGCGUCUCUCUAUGGAUUGUGGCCGCAUGGGGCUUACAUGUUUGUGAGAGACACCACAACUACAGGGACCUGAGCAGCAACUACAUGGAGGCCCUGUGGAUGAUCUCUGUCACCUUCUUGUCCAUUGGUUACGGAGACGUGGUGCCUCACACUUACUGUGGUCGCAGCAUCUGCCUCCUCACUGGGAUAAUGGGAGCUGGCUGCACAGUCCUGGUGGUGGCGGUGGUUGCUAGGAAGCUGGAGUUGACCCGGGCAGAGAAACACGUCCAUAACUUUAUGAUGGAUUCUCACAUCUCCAAGAGGAUAAAAAUUGCUGCAGCAAAUGUGCUGAGAGAGACUUGGCUUAUCUACAAACACACUAAGCUGUCAAGAGAAAGAGACCACACCAGAGUCCGCAUGCACCAGCGGAAGUUGCUUCUGGCCAUCCACCAGUUGCGGCGGGUGAAGAUAGAGAAGAGGAUACUUGCAGACCAGGGUAACACUCUGGUUGAUCUCUGCAAGAUGCAAACCCUGAUGUAUGACGUGCUGUCAGAGGUGCAGGGCUGCAGGGGGGAGCUGGACUCACACAUCCACAGCCUGGAGAAGCACGUGGAGGAGCUGAGGGAGGGUUUCAGGAGCCUGAUGCCGCUCCUGUCCAGCACCCUGUCCACACAGAACUCCUCCAUCCGCCACCUGCUCAGAGAGAGGGAGGUGAAGUCAGAGACUGCUGGUGCGAGUGUGGACAGGUAGAGGGAGGCUGAUGAAGAGGGUUCUCAGGUACUUCAGGAAGAGUUAUCUACCCAUAGUGCAGCUAAAAUGAUCAUGUUGGGACAUUUUUUCUUUCAGGAUGUGAACUGAUAGGUCAUAAUAACAAGGUGAGGCUGUACAGAAUUAUGUAAAUUGUAGGUAGCAUCAUUUUCUGUAGCAGAAAUACCAUUAAACCAAAUGUAGAAAUUAGUCACAAUUCUGUUUUUUCCCCAUUUUUCCAGGAGUAACUUAGUAGAAAACACCUGCCACCAAACUGUGGGCAUUUAUUAAUAUAAGAAAUGCAAUGAUUUUGACCAAUUAGUGAAGGAUUUCAAAGCAAAAAUUUUGUCAUUGCUGUUUUUGUAGGUCUUUCGUUAUGGCAAACUGAAGAAUUUUAGAAUAUGGACAUGAUAAACUGUGCUUUAAGACAUUGCUGAGGUCAUGUUUCACUGUUUCCAGAUAUCUUGUAGACCAACUGGUAACUGAUAAACAGAAAAUGAUCAGCACAUUGAGAGUCACACCCCUUUAUCAAUGCAAAAACAAGUCUGGAAAGUUCUGGAGAACUGUUAUCAUUCCCAUGUCAGUGAGUAGUGUUACCUGUAAACACUGCACUUUUCUGAUUAUGUAAUAAAAAUUGCACAGAUUCAAAUGCAGUUUGUUACUGUAUUAAAAUGCCAU